ACUAGGAGCAUUCGUUACUUUUUUUCCAUCCCUGCAUAACCAGAACAUGUUUGAGUCUGGCGUCCUCUUCUGGAAACACGACUGUAUUCCUAUUUAAGGGCUAUGUCACUUCCGUAGGCCGCGGUGACAAGUAGCCUGACAGGCUACUCCCCACCGCACACCGGGAUUCGGCCAAAGCUGCAGGCAGGCAUCCCCCGCAUUGAAGACACUGAACAACUUGAUUGUGGAUUCGGACAGGGGAGACACGGGACACCGCAUGCGACAGAGAGGCUCCCACCUUUACGUCAUGCGCUGAUUAACGUGUUUUGUUCGUCUGAUAAUUCUCUACAAGUGGAUUUGAGUUUGUUGAACGCGUCCAGCUGAAACCAUGACCUCUACGGAAAUCAAAUGCUGGGGAGAAUGUAUGGAUGUUGCUGUUCAGAUAGCACAUAAAGCUGGGAAGGUUGUACAGGAGGCUGUGAAACAAGAGAAGCGGGUUAGCAGCAAGAGCACUCCAACAGAUCUGGUGACGGAAGCUGACCAACAGGUGGAGGAUCUCAUUAUAUCUACUCUUAGAGAGAAGUUUCCAUCACACAGGUUUAUAGGUGAAGAAUCAUCUGCUGCUGGGGAGAAAUGUAUCCUAACAGAUGAGCCCACUUGGAUCAUAGACCCCAUCGAUGGCACGUGCAAUUUUGUCCACAGCUUCCCUAUGGUGGCGGUCAGCAUUGGGUUUGCUGUGAAGAAAGAGCUUGAAUUCGGAGUGAUCUACCAUUGCUUUGACGGGACUCUCUACACUGCAAGGAGAGGCCAUGGGGCAUUCUGUAACGGAACUCCAAUUCAAGUAUCUAAAGAGAAAGACAUAUCCAAAGCCCUCAUUCUGACAGAGAUUGGAGCGAAGAGGGACCCGGCUACACUGGAAAUCUUCUCAGGGAAUAUGCUGAAGUUGCUGAGUGCACCCGCCCAUGGGGUGCGGAUCAUUGGCAGCUCCACGCUGGCCCUGUGCCACAUAGCCACGGGGGCGGCGGAGGCCUACUACCAGUACGGCCUGCACUGCUGGGACAUCGCUGCGGCAGCCGUCAUCAUCCGAGAGGCGGGAGGAUGCGUGAUUGACACCUCAGGUGAGCCCUGGGAUGGGUGCUUUAGAUAGAUUUAGAGAGAUAGAGUUGCACAUUUCUGUGAAAAGGUGGUGUGUGUGUUGGGGGGGGGCUGAUGCAGACACCCAGAGUGAUUUUUGUAGGAUGUAUUGUAUUCAUUUAUAUGAAUUGAUUUAUAUGUAUAUAAAUUAAUGGUAU